GUUACUAAAACACUUUGACAUUUCUCUUACGCAAACAUUACAAAACAGUAACUCGCGUAGUGAAUUAUUGAACUGCUGGGAAAAAAUCGAGCGUUUUUACAAGUAAUUCGAUUGUUAAAAUGCUUUUGAAAAGUGGAGUGUGUCAGCGGUUAUGGUCAGGACUAUUGAGACAAGUACAUAACCAACAAAUUGCUACUCUUAAGCACUUCGCACCUCCCAUCGAAUACGAAAAUGUUGUUAUGCCCGAAAGGCCGAAGCUCCGGUUUGUGGAGAAGGUGCCCAUUCUACCGACCAAUAUGAAAGCACCCAAAAUGCAAAAGAAGCUCAAAUUCAUGCGAGGUCCAGAACCGGUUCAUAAUUCAUUCCUGUACAAGCAGUAUGGUAUUGUGGCCACGGGAGGAGGUCGCUUGCGGUGGGGCCACUUUGAAAUGAUGCGUCUGGGCAUUGGUCGGAAGAUGGAUAUCAGCCGGAUGUUUGCCAUCUGGCGGGUGGAUGCGCCCUGGCAGCCGGUUACUAAAAAGGGCCAAGGCCAGCGUAUGGGUGGAGGAAAGUCGGCAAUCGACCAUUACGUAACGCCAAUCAAAAGCGGGCGGGUGAUUCUGGAGAUGGCCGGAAAGUGCGAAUUUGCCGAGGUAAAGCCAAUCUUGGAGACGGUUUGCCAUAAGCUACCCUUCAAAGCUAAGGUGGUUUCGCAUGAAAUGAUGGAGGAAAUGCAGGCAGAACAGGAACGCCUGGAUCGAGAGAACCUCAACCCUUAUUCAUUUAAAUACAUUGUACAGAACAAUUUGGGAGGUUGUCACAAGUGGUUGUCGCCCGUAGACCACAAAUGGUUUGGAGAAUAUUAUUAAUUUGAAAAUAAAAUAGUUUAUCAUAAUAAA